CACGCUCGACUAUUUACCCACCGCGAGAAGGUCGACAUGAGCCGCAGCCGCUCGUCCAUAAGCCACCGCUCGUCCAUCAGCAGCAGUGUAGCAGGAGCACCUACGGCAUUGCGUAACGACGCCAUAUUGUACCUGACGAUUCUGUCGGGACGCGACCUCAAGAGGGUGCAGACCCUGGGCGAGCAGGACCCCUACUGCAGUGUGUACCUGACGACAGGAGGGAAAGAGCAGGAGAAAGCAGCGUUUAAGACGGACACGCACGACAAUGGAGGAACGCAGCCGAUGUGGAACGCUAAGGGCCACAUUUUGAUCCCAGACAUCUCGUCGGACAUUGUGCGGCUCCGUAUCAAGAACAACAACUGGGGAAAGAACACGGUGAUCGGAGAGAUCGCGUUGGCGAUGCGAGAUUUGUCCCGUGGACGAUCCAUGGAGAAAGAGUUUGCGCUGACCCCCACGGGCUAUCUGAAGGUGCUGAUGUAUCUAUCACUGGGUCAUGAAAACCCGACAUCGCAGCCUCGAGUCAAGUUUGGCGAGUACCCGCAUCACUUCAUUGCCGGGAAAACCAAACUCUACUUAGGUCUCAUUUCGGGUAGCAAGCUGCGCGAUAUCCAGUCAUUCGGCACGCAAGACCCGUUCUGCGAGGUGUACGUAGGUCGUUGCCGCAUACCUUCUGCAAAGGACCUCGUGUAUAGGACGAAAACCCAUGACAAUGGAGGGAAGAACCCGAGCUGGAUUGAGGGUAUUACGGUUGGUGUGAGAUGCAUAGAGCACGAUUUCCUUGUGAUUCGAGUCAUGAAUGACAACACUGUCAAGAAUACGCUUAUCGGAGAGCUGUGCUUGAAGGUAGAGAUGCUGAUUGGUCGCAACUUCGAGGACAAGAGUUACCCCAUCGAAGCCGACGACACCAUCGUGGGCCAAGUGCGGCUUCAACUAGCUUUGUUUAACGACGAGAUCAUGGAUGAGGACGAGAUCCGCGACUGCGAUGUGGACGGCUGCUCGUGUGCUUCAACGCACCCUGUUCGUGCCACAAAGGUCGGCGAUGUGCUGAUCAAUGGCAUUUCUCCCGAAGGAGUGCAGUACCUAGAGGCAGGCACCGCCGUGCACACGGGCUGCGAGCUGGCUGGCGACUACGUGUUGGACAAGGACGUGUACGAAGGAGACGGCUGGGAAGGCGAGGAACUCGACACUCGCCGACUGGAGCAACUUGACAGCGAUGAGUGGGAAGGCGACGAAUUGUAGUGAUGGCUACAGUAGACAGUGCUAAUAAAAUGCCUGACAACCAAGGUGGAAAUGGCUACACUUUUUGAUGUCGUU